AUGUUCAGCUUCGCAGUCCUGUCCAUUUCUAGUAGGCUAUGCACCGGCUGGCUGUCAGACAAGAUUGGACAUCUGAACAUGCUCAUUGUUGCCACUGCUGUGUACGCCAUCACAACGUGGGCAUUCUGGCUAUCUGCUGCAAUGGGGAGCAACGUGGGACUCUACAUCUGUAUGAGCGUCUGCCACGGGCUGAGCAACGGCGUCUUCAACGUCGUUAUCAACUCGGCACAGAAGAUGCUGUUUGGCUCCGAGAUGUACUACCCCAAAAGUGGUAUGAUGACCAGUAUACGCGGAGUCGGUUUUGUCAUCAGCGCACCGAUAGCAGGCGCGUUGGUGUCGAGAGUCGCCGAUGUAGACUUGCAAGGCAGAGACUUUGUCAGGGUGAUUGUUUAUACCGGAUCCUUGUUGACGAUCUCGCUGUUCUGUCUCUUGAGCGUUCGAUGGUUGGAUGCGAAGAAGAACGGGUGGAAGCUGGUGCGUUAG